AAAUGAAGUUUAAUGAAAACAUAUUUACGGUCUCAUCGCAUGCGUUAAAUAUACCGAGUCAAAUAAAUAUACGGACUACUUUUCGUCCAUUUAUGCAUAUACUCAGUCAUGCGCGAUGAAUAAAGGCGUGGCUUAAAGGUGUGAUGGCUAUCGGGCUAUGAAAAAAUGACUUUUCCGAAAGUCAAUGCGCAUAAGUUUAGUUAUCUAUUUUGUACAUUUCAACAACCGAAAUACCGCUCGCUGAUUAAUACGUUUAUAACGAUAAGGCAGUCAGCAUUUAUUUUCAUAAUUUUGAUGUUUAAAGAUAACUACUUUUGAAAAUGAAAUGUGAUUAGGACUUGGCUUUAUUUACAGGAAGGAAAAUUAAUUAGAUUUGAUCAAGCAGAAUGCGUUCGCUAGACAUUAUUUCACAUCUGAUAUUCUAGAAUAUUGGAAUUACGUACAGAGAAGGGUAAUGUUUGUGUGUGUGUGUUUGUAAAUGUAUAAGAAAUAAUUAUUUUUCGUAAAAUGUGAUUAAGAUACAUAUCAGAAUCUUUGGGAUAAGCUUAAUAAAAAAAUAGCGGAAAUUCACUUCAAAGAAACCGCAGUUGUAAUUUAUUCGAAUAUACUAAUACUGCGGUAAUGAAGAUAUUAUUUUAAUGACAGUCUUGUUAAAAAAGCGCAAAGAGUUCUUAUAUUGUGUGUGUUGAUCAUGUGAAAAGAUUUAUAACGUGCAUAUGAGAUGAAAAAACUUGUACGAGAUGAUAGUUUUACAGACCUAGGAUAGUAAUCGCCAAAAUGUGGGAUUCUACUUAAAACGAUCAUUUCGGAUAUACCGUUAUGUAUACUUAAAAUGACUUGAACAUUGUUUCCGGGGCACUGGAAUCUCAGUUAAAAAGUAUUUGAUGGUGCAGAUCUCUUAUGUAUAUAGUGUUGGAAAAAAGAGUGGAUUUAAAUAGUGUGAAAAUGUGAUACGUGAAUUAAAUCCAUUUUGAAUGUUUAAUGAAGAUUAAAGAGGCAAAAUGCAUGUAUUGAGGAUAUUUCCGAUCAACUUUACAAAGUUUUGUCUUGGGCUGUUUAUUGUUUUCUGGUGUGUAUUCGGGGCCACUGGAAUCCGAUGGUUAGCCCUUGCUAAAAUGAGUAGCAUAGCCGCAAUAGAGGUCCCCGGAAUGUGUGAAAGUUUAAUAGGACUUGCAAAACGUCAGCAGAAAAUCUGUCGGCGGAAUAUUGAAGUUAUGGACAGUGUCCGGUAUGGUGCCCACAUGGCAAUAGAGGAGUGUCAAUAUCAGUUUAAAAACCGACGAUGGAACUGUAGUACCGUAGAUCCAGUGAAAUUAUUUGGAAAUUUUCUUAAAUUAGGUACACGUGAAGUAGCUUUUGUACACGCCAUAUCAGCAGCGGGUGUGGCCCAUGCGGUAACACGUGCAUGUAGUAAAGGUGAUCUCCAACAUUGUGGGUGUGACAGAACUGUUAGUGGGCGGAGCUCCGAAGGUUUUGAGUGGUCAGGUUGUUCUGACAAUAUAGCCUUUGGAACUGCUUUUUCACAAAAAUUCGUCGAUGCGAGGGAGCGGCGGCGGAAAAGUAAAAAUAUAAAGCGUGUAUUAAUGAAUUUACAUAAUAACGAAGCGGGUAGAAAGGCAGUAGAAGACAGCAUGCAAGUUGUUUGCAAGUGUCAUGGCGUUUCCGGUUCCUGUGAACUUAAAACGUGCUGGCGUUCUAUGGCGACAUUUCGUCAGAUUGGCGCCAUCUUGAAAGAAAGUUUCGACGGUGCAACAGAAGUUAAGCUAGAGCAUAAGAAGAAUCGUGCAGUUUUAGUUCCAGUAAAUGACCAGUUUAAACCGCCAACACGGUCCGACAUUGUGUAUUUAGUGGCUUCGCCGGACUUCUGUGAGCCUGAUCCAAAAACUGGUUCACUUGGAACAGGCGGAAGGGUAUGCAAUAAGACUUCUAAAGCCAUUGAUGGAUGUGACUUAUUGUGUUGUGGGCGGGGCUAUGAAACAAGAACGAUAACCAUCGUGGAACGGUGUCAGUGUAAAUUUUACUGGUGCUGUUAUGUGAGUUGUGAAAAAUGUACAAGAACUGUUGACGAACAUGUUUGUAAGUGACACAUCGCUCACUAGAAGAAAGAAAUGUGUUCCAAAAAUGGCCCGUAGAUUCAUUGUUAUGUAUAAAUGUUAUUUGUUUUGUUUAAGAGAAUAUUGUGUUUUCUUUACCGAGAAGAGGACAAAUAAAGUGAUCUACAUACUGCGAAUUACAUGGAUGUGGCAAAAAAGCUGAAAAAAGGAAGUAGAGCGUUGAAGGGGCGACCGCGGGUAUGCUUAUAUGUGAUUAUAAAAAACGAUUUGGCAACAGCUUUUGUGUGCCUCACAUCAUUAGGUCAAUAUACUGUUUAGACAUUCAGUUAUUUUUAUGUGAAACGGUGUUUGGAGGGGAAAAGCUUUUAUCAAAAGAGCAUUUUGAUUGUUUCAUCUGUUUCGAGUACAGUGAAAACACCAUGUAGUUAAGAUGCUAACAUUUAUAAGAAAUUUUAAAAUCUUUCAUAGAAAUUACGUAAAUAAUAAAAAGAACGCAUGUGACAACGUCGUUUGUAAAGGUGGUUCGUAAACAUUAACAGAUACACAUUCGCCGUCUCAAUCAGCAGUUGGUAAAAAAGUGACUUUUGAUCUAUGUUCUUUUCCGAAAGGGUAAAAUAAGUAAUGCGAAGAAAGUGAAUUCAGUAAAAGUUUUCGAUGUAUUAUACUAGCCCAUUUCUAGAAAAAAAAAAACAGCUGCCACAGACUGCAGUUUUGUAGCAGUUAGCACAUAUUGUAAAAUGUUAGGUAAAUGCUACAGUGUCGGUAACUCUGUAUACAACUGAGUAACGGUGUAAUACAUGGCGCGACGUGAUAUACGUUGCGACGUUACAAAAAAGAACGUUGAUAGAAUUUAAAGAAAUCUUAACGUUACAAGUCAAACAGUUGGGUAUAUAGAAAAUAUAACAGCGGUUGGUUAAUGAUAUACAUCUAGAACUAAUACUAAUGAUUUCAUAGAAGAGGUAGC